AUGGCCUCAAAUGUUCAAACUUUACGCUUGAGACGCAAAAAGGACCCAAAACCAUCUUUUCCGUCCCUUGCACGGCAUUCUGGCAUUCUGCAAGAUCAGCUUCGCAGGUCCGCUCGUAAACCAUGGAAUCCAGACUUUUUAACAGCAGUGCGCAUUCUGUUGCUCAUUCGAGUAGCAGCAGCCAUGUACACCAAUAUACAAGAUUGUGAUGAGGUGUUUAAUUUUUGGGAACCAUUACACUACAUCGAUCAUGGUUAUGGUUUCCAGACAUGGGAAGUCACCCCGAUGUAUGCCAUUCGAAGUUGGGCAUAUGUCUUGUUACACCUCAUACCUGCGCGCCUCCCCCUAACUCUGAACCUUGGAAAGCGCCCUGAAUUCUUUGCAGUCCGCAUAACUUUAGCCGUUGUAUCUACGCUUUGCGAAGCCAAAUUAUGCCGCACUGUAGUCGAAAAAGUUAACGAAAGGGUUGGUCGUUACUUGUUUUUUAUGCUGCUGUUCAGUGCAGGCAUGUGGAACGCUGCUCCAGCCCUCCUACCUUCUUCUUUCGCAAUGUACGCAACCACGAUCGCAUUUACGUAUUCACUCGAACCAUCGAGCAUCAAGAACAAGCGGAGAACUUUAUUUGCAACAAUGCUUUUCGCUACGGGAGCUAUUGUUGGAUGGCCUUUUGCACUUGCUCUUUCGCUGCCUUUUGUGUCUGAAGAAUUACUCGUUUUUGGUGGAGAUCGAGUUGAUCCAAGCUCACGCAGAUCAUGGAUGAUUUCUCGCUGGAAACGCCUCUUCAUUGCCGGUCUUGUAUCCGCUCUGAUAUUUGUUCCCGUCAUAGCGAUUGAUAGUGUUGCGUAUGGCGGAUGGAGCAUCGUACCUUGGAACAUUGUCCGCUACAAUGUCUUUGGUGGAUCCGAACGUGGUCCUGAUCUAUACGGCACAGCACCCUGGUACUUCUACAUCCUCAACCUCCUCCUGAACUUUAAUAUCCUCGUGCCUCUCGCUUUUAUUUCCCUGCCUGGUCUCGCAGUUACCUAUAGGAUCGAUCGCAAGCGGCUCGGGAUGUCCAAACCUGGCCCAGACCAGAGUUCUCCGUUCACGUUACUCGCCCUUCGUCUAGCACCACUAUAUGUCUGGACGGCUAUCUUAACGGCGCAAGCGCACAAGGAGGAACGUUUCAUGUUCCCUGCAUAUCCCCUCAUCUGUUUCAAUGCAGCCGUGGCCCUAUACCUCAUCCGCGGAUGGAUGGAAGUCGCAUACAUCUCCGCCACCAAAUCCUCAUAUAGGGCUUCAAGAUCUAUCAUAUUUGGUGCAAUAACGUGCACCGUGAUCGCCGUGACGGGGCUUAUUUCUCUGUCUCGCGUCCUUGCCUUGUGGCAUUACUACCACGCACCGCUUUCCACGUUCAACCACCUCGAGGCAGAUGAGCUUCCGCGGCUACUGAAUGUUACUGGGCUUCUCCCACCUCUUCUUCCCGGGACAGAAGAGAUUGACAGGCCUUCCAUCGACUUGGCACCAAUAAGGGCGUUUGAUCUGAGGCUUUGUCUAGGGAAAGAGUGGUAUCGCUUCCCGGGUCACUACCUUGUUCCCAACGUCGUGAAAGUCGACUUUGUGAAAAGCGAGUUCGGAGGACUGCUUCCUGCGCAUUUUGAGGAGAGUCGUGUAAAAUUGACCUUCAAUGGAUGGUGGGACAGGCCGGGUUCGAGGAUCACCCCAACGAGCUUGAACGACCUUAAUAAGGAGGCACCAGAAUUUUAUGUGCCCAUUGAGUCCUGCGACUACCUUGUAGACCUAGACUUCCCCGAGCACCCGGUGUCAUCACUUCUAGAACCACGAUACGCAGUUGACAACGAGACCUGGGAACGAGUAUCAUGCCUCCCAUUCCUCGACGCAUCACAUUCAUCACUUUUGACCCGCACGCUCUGGCUCCCUGGUUCGUGGUGGCAGGACAAGAACGAGUUCGGAGAUUACUGCCUGCUGAAAAAUAGGGAGAAGGUGCACAAGAAAGAGGUCGAGAUUGCGUCGCGUGUGCAGGAGGGAAAGCUGUAA